AAAAAAAAACAGAAAAAAAAAACGUAAAGUGUCAACAGACGAGUGAGAGAGUUGUUCUCCGACUGGCUGGGCAAGUUCCGACUCCAGAGGGCUUGGACUGAAAUCACAACAAACUUACGGUGUGGUCAUCGUCGUCCACGUAGUUAGGCUUACUAAUCAACUAACAAUUCCGUUGCACCUUUAGUGUAGUAAAUACGGUGUACUGGUCCGCGCCAUUCUAGGCUGCUGGUUCUACAUUUAUCUCAAACGUUUUGCGAAUGAGACAUCAAUGUCGACACCUGUGGUUGUUCGUAUUACAACAGUUGAGAAAAAUGUGAGACUUUUUGAAAUUAACUUUUAACUGUAUUGGCUUUUAAAAAUUCUGGCCGAAAAAACAGCGAAAUCCUAGUUUUCUUUCUUAGAGUUAAAAUGCCACCGUUCUAGACGUUGAAGUUGUAUAUUUCUUCAAUAGUAUUUGAACUAUGAAUACUGUAGGACAGAAUGGGGAUCCUGGAGGUCAAAUGAUGGGUAUGAUGAAUCCUCACAAUCCACAGGGUGGAGGAUCUAUGGCUCGCAUGCAUUCUCAACCCCAUCCCCCUCAUCACAGUGGUCCUCAUCAUCAACACUCCCUGCCGACGUCAGGAACUACAACAGGACGUAGCUGUGCUGGAUGUGGUGGCAAAAUUUUGGACCGUUUCCUUUUACACGCCUUGGAUAGGUAUUGGCACACUGGCUGUUUGAAGUGUUCGUGUUGCCAAGCGACACUGGCAGACAUAGGUAGCUCUUGUUUUACCAAAGCUGGAAUGAUUCUUUGUAAAAAUGAUUACGUCAGAAUGUUUGGAAGCAGUGGAGCUUGCAGUGCCUGUGGUCAGCUAAUCCCAGCCAACGAGUUCGUCAUGAGGACACAAGGAAAUGUUUACCACUUGAAAUGCUUUGCCUGUGUCAAGUGUCACAAUCAGUUAAACCCAGGCGACCGCUACAACUUGAUCAAUGGCAGUGUACUAUGUGAACAGGACUGCCUCAAGAUUUUGAAGGGUGGAUCCGUGGGAACGGGAACUUCGCGGAAAGGGAAAGUACGGGCUAAUUCAGCUAUUAAGGCCGUGUGAACAAUGUGAAAUCAGAUAUAUAUUAUCAGCUAGGUGGAUGGUCUUAUCUAUACGUUCUCACUACCUUACAAACCACCCAAUUUCCAAUAGUAAAAUAAUAUAGUAGUUUUUCCUUUCAACCCUAGACCAUCCGAUAACUUUCAUAAUUGAGAUCAUGCACACACGCUCUCGAGCCUGACCUCACACUAACUCCAUCAAGCAAAGUGCUAUUGUACACGAGAGUAAUGGCAAGUUGCCUUUCAGUAUUUUCUAUAGACCAGUGUUAUUACAUUAAAUACUGAAUGAUGAUGUACUGUACAGAGAUUCAGAACUUUCUUUGGUACUUGUGGAGAAGUCAUUCAGAAAACCGUGUAAUCUUGAGUUUUGCCACUUUUAGUGCAGGACAACAAAUAGUGUUAAGCCUAACAUAUGCGUUAAAUGUGGAGAGCCUGUACAUAGUGUAUUGUCAGUUGAUUUAUCUAAUAAUGCAUUGCUCAUCGAACGGGAAAAAUGAAGAACACAUUAUAGUAGGUAUAACGUCUUGCGAUUAGCACAAACGGUUAUUAUAAUGACAUUCUAGCUAUAUAGUAAUAUUAAAUACAACCACAACAAGCACUAUGAAAUCCGCUAGCCUCAAAAGUUCUAAGUCUAAUUAAUUUCGCCAGAAAGGGUAAAAAUUAUUAAGGAAAUCCUUCUCUCUCUCUCUCUCUACUUACCCACUCCUUGAAAAAAAAGGGGGAAAAAAACUCAAAGGUAUUGUACUCAAACAUCUAGAAGUUUUUACAAAAUAUAUAUGCUAUAAAAUCAUAUGCAACAACAGAUCGUACGUGUUUUUGUUGUUGUUUUCUUUGGUGGGUUUAACUGAAAUAGGAACUAAAACAUGUAAAAAUACCCAAAGGAAGUAGUACCCCCUAACGACGGAUAAAUGGCAUCACUCUUUGCUCAAGACUCUUUUAAUAAAUAACAAUUUUAAAAAUUCUCGUCGAUGACAAACCAUGCGAGAUAUGACGGUAAAACGAAGACUUGGAUGUGAGAAGAUGUGGAGAGAACUGUUGCCCGUGGUUACCUGUUAGACUUUGGGAUAUAGUAUUCUUUUUUGUUGUUGUUGUUUUGUUUUGUUUUUUACGCGGAGUUCCUGAAACUAAGACUUUUGAACAACAUUGGAUGACGUAUGAAUAUAGUCCACGUUAUAUCCUAACCAACGGUGACUAUCUUUUCUGACAAUUUAGUAGUGAUGCUGGUUACAAACUUGACUAAUCCGUAAUAGUGUUUUUCCGUUUAAACUUCUAAUUGUGAAAGUGUUCUUGAAUGUUUACACUGUUGAACUUCCUAUAGUCUUGUAAGGCACACUAUUUUGGAAAUAGUCUUUAUAAAUCUGUACUGGAAUAAUUAUCUCUGUAUAAGAUGGUUAAUCAAUUUUGUGAUAAUUGAUAAACUAAAAACAUCAUAAAAACCUUAACUAAUAAAACAAAAGAUCCAUUACAUCAA